AUGACAAACGACCGCCAUUCCGGAAAUGAGCGGAGGUUCAGGCCGGAGUUGAUCGAAUCAACUUCUCGGUCGAGCAGAGCUAAGAAUGUGUUCAAUUUAGAUUCGCAGGCUCCCAGCAUAGAUCAGAACAGACCGAUUGAAGGCAGCAGUACCGCAACGACUGCAAUGGAUGCCGAGAGGCCUCGGCGGAUCUUGCCGCAGCCCACAGAAACAUCUUCCCGAUCAUCUAGGAAGAACUUGGUAACGCAGACCGGCGCUUCUAGCAGUGAAGAUUCGUCCAACCACCCUCAAUCUUCAGCCUCCCAGGGUCUAGAUUCAAAAAAGCCCAAUCGCCCGUUGCCUCAACCCUUUGAAGUCAAAACAUCGAACGGCAAAGGAUAUUCAGAAAACAUGAAACAUGGUUCUGAAUCCGAGAAAGAAGAUAAGAGGGGCUUGCAUACGGCGAAUGCUAUUAGGAAAUUUUAUCCCGAGCCUAUUGAGACCGUGAAAAUGAGCAGGCGGAAACCGGUCAAGGCGCAAAGUGGAUCGAAUUCUUCGUCCUCGCAAAGCACACCACCCCGCAAAUUCACACCCCAGUUAAUCGAAACUGGAAAGCGUUCUUUCCGCCAAGCGGAAACACUCCUGACUCCAGGAGCCUCUAGAAGCUUUGACGGUGCUUUUGGUAAUAACGGUCUAUCCCGGCCAACCUCGCCUCCCAUUUCACGAGGUCAGCAAAUGACUGCCGCAAGAGAGGAGUCUUCGUAUCCAACAGAAUCACCGUUCUCCUAUGCGAGCCUGUUGCAACGUCAAGAGGGCAGACGGCAUUCUUUCCGUGUACCGGACCUACCCGCCAUUCCAUCAAACAGUAGCGAAGGCUCAGACAACUAUGAUUUGCCACCUUCUCUGUCUACCACGCCAUCAGCAUCAUCUGAGGAAAGUGCAAACCGACUUGCAGCAAAGAAUCGGUUCAGGGAAAGUUGCGAUGAACGCUUUUCUGGAUAUCUACUCUCACUGGCAGCACGCAGCGCAGAAAAGCAACUACAGGACCAAGCUCUGGCAGCAUUUCCCAACGAGCAAGAUCAUCAACCUGUCUCCCAUUUUGCCAUUGAUGGCGAUGAAGAGUUUGGGGAUGAGGACAUUGACGCCGUUGCUACUACUAUGCCACGAAUCAACAACCGAGGAGAUGAAAUCUUCCGGCGUGAAUCUCUUACCGAUUUAACGUGGGAAUUAGAUGAGAUGCGCCGCCACAAGGAGGUGGCCGAAUUGAAAGACCUUGGCGUCCGGAAAAGCGAUGCCCACGAGUCUAAGUUUUCUGCUGCUGCCAUCGCUGCGAGGCAAUCCCAAAAACCGGAGGAUAAAGCCUCGCUCUUUGCUGGCUGGCGGAGAGACCUUGGUUUGGCGCAGAUGCGGCAUGCAGCCAGUCCACCAAUGUUAGGCGAUGACAUUGUCUUUACUCUGAGCGUCUCUCCGCAAGGAAGCGCUUCUGAGACCGACCAGAUGGUCUCUGUCAGUCAGGCAGAACCAGCGCCCCCUGGAGAUAUGCAUCAAACCGGUCUAUGGACCACCGAGGCGAACGUGCAAGAUAUACAGAGACCAGGGUUAUGGAUGGGUCUAUGUCUCAAGGACCAAGGAAACGAGCAACAAUUUUCUCCCCUUCACAAGGCCAGAAAUGGGAUUGCCACUCCGAAAGCAGAUCAUGGUACCUUUGACGGGUCAUAUUUCGACUUGAAAAUGGAUCUGGACGACCACAAGAACCACAACGACUCAGACGUUCAAUCUGUCAAUAUGUCUACCGACGAGACCGAGCCCCUCCCUACGACACCUAAAACCGCAGCACCGGAAACAAAACAAACCGAUGCUAUGGAACACGAAUUCGAUGAUAGAUUCGUGACCCAGGUCUAUAAUUACCUGUCUCUAGGAUACCCAUCCUUAGCUCGCUACUAUGAUUUGGAACUGAGCAAGAUUUCCGGCAUCCCCGUCGCAGAACUGAGGCAAGAUGACCUCCGCAGAGAGGCCAAAGGCUAUGUUGUAAACGUGCCAAACGGUAACGGGCCAGAAAACUGCAUGCGGUGGAAGGCAUUACGACUAUAUAUCAAAGAAUGGACCACACAACGGCCAGAGAUUGAUCUCAACAAUGACGAAAGCUUAGAUGCCUGGGGUGUCAUUGAGCGAAGAGGAAGUUGGGCAGUUUAG